AGAGCAUUUAAAUAAAAUAUUUUGAAUUCGUGGAUUGUGGCAGUUUGUUUGGUAACUUUUAAAAUAAUAAGUAAUAAGUGUUUUUAAAUGUCCGACGAGGGAAAGUAAUUAAAUACCCAAAUGUAUAAAUACGAAAUAAAUUGAUUUCAACAAACAAAUAGCGAGCUAAUGCAAACGCAAAAAAAAAUAAUUUUAUAUUAGUGGUAUGCUAAUUGAAAUAAUUGAAUUCAUAUUCGAUUUGAUUGAUCCACAACUAUGGAAAAUGAUAUCACUUAAAACGUAAUCUAAAUGCAGUUAGCUAUAAACAAAUUAAAUUUGACUUAAUUAAAUUUGGCUUUCAAGUACUUUUCCGUGUUAAUUUGCCCCAAAUAAACAAUAAGUAAGGAAAACAAAAUUUAGCAAAAUGUUUUUUUGCAAACCGGUGAAAGCAAACGACCUUAGCAGAACCUACUCUAUAAAAGCGAAAUCCAUUUAAAUUUAAUCACACACUCUUGGGGAUUAUUUAUAGUUUUUUUUUGCAAAACGCAUAUACAUUUGUGAAUAUUUAUCGCCGUCUUUAAAAGUAUCUGUAUCUGCGAAUCUAUGUAUCUGCGAAUUGUGCGUAUCUCUAUUUGCAAACGCACGCAGGCGCUUUUAAUCUCAUUUCGCGACUUUUUCCCUAUAAACUUUUUUCUUGCUCACUCUGCGCGUGCACUUUUUGUCCUAUAAAUUGGCGGCGCUGACUAUUAUCUAACAUUUGUGCGCUAUUAUCUAAGCUCGCUUGUUGUUCUUGCUGUUCCUGCGUCUGAUUUGCGCUGCGUAUCUGUAUCUGUAUCUGUGUGCGAAUUUGCGUUAUUGCCGCACGCAAGUGUGUGUCGGGUUCAACAACUGGUAAUCACAUGCCGGAUCACAGUUUGGACAGCGCAGCGACAGAUAAACUGCGAAAUGUGCGGAUCGCGAUAAAGUAUAAACUGAAUGAAUUUUGGCUGAGUGGACUAGUGGGUGAUAUCCUUCAUAAUUAAUGGCAGCGAAGAGUGCUUAACUCAAAUCAGCUCGUCAACUAUGUUAGCCAACCAAAAUUUGUCCGCAUAAAAAAGCUGAGAUUGCUUCAUUUUUCGCUCCCCAACUUAAAAGCGGGAAUUUCUGACAUGACAAGAAAGUCAUUGGCGUUGAUAAGAUGCAUUAUCAGCGGGGAAGACGAAGAUGAAGAUCCGCAACAGCCACAGCAGCAAUUGAAAAGUGUUGAACAAGUCCACGAUAUGAUAACCUAAUUUCCUGCCAGGAAAGAGGCGAAACGAUUUUAAAGCAAAUUUAAACGGGCUCAGAGAGAGACUUUUAAACAAAGCAAAGUCAGUGAAAAGAAAGAAAAAACGCAAUCGAAACGAAAGUAAAAAAUUACUGAAAACGGGGCGUACAUAUGUUUCAACGACACCCGAGGGCGUGGCGAACGCCCAGUAAACUGGCAAACAAUCUAUAAACAACUUCGAGACAAGCGAUUUAUACAAAAAUUAUAAACAUUCGGAUUCAGAUUCCGAACAACAACUCGAGAAACUCCUGUGAACCAAAGUGGUGAUCUUUGAUGCGAAGAAACCUGCGCUUGGACUGGAGGGCCCUGGCGCUGCUGGGCGCCCUCCUCUCGUUCAUCAUUGCCUGGCGGGGUCUUGCAUCUGCGAUGCCCCUCAUGGCCAUGGACAACAACCUGACAGACUCAUCCGGAUCCACAUACAAAUCCACAUCAAAAUCCAACAGCACGAACAAUAGCAAUCUGCUUAGUAAUAGUUAUCUACAAAGUGAUCAUAGUCGUAGUAGUUUAGUGCCGAGCGCAGUGAGUGAACGUAGUGUAAAUCAAUCCACAAAUCAAAGUAUUAAUGCUGAAUUUAAUCAGAGCUUAAGCACGCAUCCAACUGCCAUAACAAGCACACCGCAAACCCAAGCUCAACCCCGAACCCAAGACCAAUCCCAAUACCCAUCCCAGGAGAAGGACUUCGAUCAGAUGGAGGAGCCGCUGGGAUUCGUCAUCUCAGCGAUGCCGAACGAGCAUCUGGCGGUCCUGUCGCGUACUGAACGCAGCAUUCGUCACCGGAAUCAGCAGCAGCAGAAGAAGCAGCAUCAUCAUCACCAGCAGCCCGCUGACAAUAAUUUCAUUGGUUCGAAAUCGAAAAGACUGAGCAACCCUAGAAGUAGUCUUAACACAAAUAGCAGUAGCAGUAACACACCUAUCAGCAAUCUGGACCGUAACGAACGCUCCACAGUGCCACAGUCCCAUUUGGCCUGGACCUCCCGCAAGAUCCAGCUGUAUAUUAAAAAUCGCAUCCUUCAGAUAUUGCGGGAUGGCGUUGUCAACGGAACCCAGGACGAGAAUAGUGAAUUCACGAUUCUCCAGCGAUCCACGGUGGAUGUGGGACGCAUCAAGCUGCAGAGUGUGGCCACUUGCCUGUAUCUCUGCAUGGACGCGUGCGGUGUUCCCUACGGCUCGAAAGACUUCACCGACGACUGCGUCUUCAACGAGAACAUGGGUCUUCAGAACUACAACACGUACUCCUCCACGUACCACUCUCAGGCGCGGCGGGUCUUCUACCUGGCUCUGAAUGGCAGUGGUCAGCCCCGCCGCACCCAGAUCCCGGCCAGCCGAUCGCUGGGCAAGCUGAGCACCUACACAAACGCCAUAACGGAGACGGUGCCGCAGGAGCGGGUGGAGCAGCUGAUCGCCAAGAAUUUUGGGGCCAAUCGCGUUAGGCACGGCGUGCGGCAACUCUGUGAUACGGGCAAGCCGCUGAUCGAGCUGAUCGAUGUGGCCAGAUUCAAGGGGCCGCCACAUUGCAGCAGCAGCAGCAGCAGCAGCAGCAGUAGUAGCAGUAGUAAAAGUAGUAGCAAUAGCAGUAGCAGUUACGUUCCUGAGCCUGCGAUCAGCAGCCUGAGUAGUAUUAGUAACAGUAGUCAAAGCGAGAGCGGCCAUAUUAGCAGUAGCCUUAGUGGUAGCAGUAACAGUAACAGUAAUAGUAGUAGCAAUAGCAGUAGCAGUAACAGUAAUAGUAGUAGCAAUAGCAGUAGCAGUAACAGUAAUAGUAACAGUAACGGUAGCAAUAGUAGUAGACCAAGUGUAAGCAAGGCCAACAAGAAGAAGAAGCCCAAGUGCAAGCCGCACGAGCAGGAGGACACUCAUAAUUGCCAAAAGCGCGGUGGAGCCGGAGCGGGAGCACUGCGAAAACUGGGGCCCAAGGCGAAGAGGUGCAAGGAGCUGCGCGAGAAGGCUGCCGCCGAGAAGCGAGCUCCGCCCAAUUGUGGCAAGAAAAAUGGGGCCAGGAAGAAUCCCACUGAGGCAGCCAAAGCGGUGCAACAACGACCCAAGGGGAACAUCCAGCACAUAGGCAAAAAGAAGCCAAACAAGGCGGCUAAACAGCGCCCAAAUGGCGGCAAAAAGCAGCAGCAGCAGUUGCAGCAGCAGCCGCAGCAACAUCCGGCCAAAUCCAUUUCCGGUGGCAAGAGGAAGCACCGGAAAGUGGAUGCAAGCACCACCACCACUAUGGCCACCAGCCUGGCCACGCCGCCAAGUAGCCACUGGGAGAGCAGCUCUCCCUUGCCCGCAUUUUCCCUCAGCGAAACCAGCGAUAGGGUGGAGCGCAACGUGCGCAUGAGUAGCGGUGAGGAGCAGGAGCAAGAUAACGACCAGGAUCAGGAGCAGGCUGAUCUGGCGGAGCAGGGCGAGGAGGAGGCCGAGGGCGACGGGGGAUCCCUGGAGGAUGCCAGCUACGAGGACGCAAGUUCCGAGGCCCAAGGACGCAGCGGAGCAGCUGGCGAUGAUUCGCUCUACUACGAUUUCCUGUGCCUGCAGCUAAUCGUCCUGGUUUUGCUCCGAAAAAGAGCCAUCCUGUGAGUGGAGAUCCUUCGAUGUAUCGUCGAAACCCAAUGGACCAGCGAUCCACACAACAAGCUAAAGUUCCUGAUCUUUAAGCAUCUUAAGCAUAAAACUACACGUAGCAUUUAGUAUUUUCGUAUUUAUCGUUUAAGACUGAUAAGAGAACACAAGAGAACUAAGCUAAACUUACUGUAAAUAAACUAAAAUAUUCUAAAAU